AUGGAAAAAGCAAAUGAGAUCGCAAAAAGGUUGAACAUAGCGGACUUUGGUGGAUCUAAUGGUUGGCUUGAUCGUUUUAGAAAAAGGCACGGUAUUGUCUAUCGUAAAAUUUGUGGGGAAGCCGAUGCUGUAGAUGACAACAGUAUUAAAUCGUGGAAAGAGACAAUUCUACCAAAUUUGUUGAAAGAUUAUUCACCCGAGGAUAUAUACAAUGCUGAUGAGUUUGGCUUGUUCUUUAAAUUGAUGUCAAAUAAGUCACUUGUGAUGAAAGACGAAACAUGUCAUGGUGGUAAGUUAAGUAAGGACCGGUUAACUGUUUUAACUUGCUCAAAUUGGUCUGGAACUGACAAGCUAAAACUUUUGCUCAACUGUGAGUUCGUUAAACAGAAAAGAAACGUCCUUUUAUUUGUCGAUAAUUGCCCUGCUCACCCGAAAGAAAUAACCCUUACAAAUAUCAAACUUGUGUUUUUCCCGCCAAAUGCUACGAGCAAGCUUCAGCCCCUUGAUCAAGGUGUGAUCAAAGUUUUAAAACAGAAAUACCGUAAGAAAUUAGUUCAACGGUAUUUACUAGAAAUGGAAUCGGUGACCGAUGAAGAAAUCCCCAAAAUCCCCAAAAUCAAUGUUUUAGAUGCUAUUCAUUAUGUUUCAAUUGCGUGGGAUGAGAUAAAACCAGAAGUUAUUAAAAACUGUUUCAACAAAGCCUAUUUUGGUAACGUAUCACAAGAAGACCCUCACGUUUUGGACUCAGACGAAUUUCGGGACUUUGAGGAGGUUUAUCCAGGCUACACAUCCAUUGACGACCAAUUAAUAACGAACGAGGCACUAGAACUUGAAGAAAUUAUCAAUCAGGCUACAGUAAACGAUGAACCAGAUGAGCCAAGUGAUGAUGAGGAAAAAUACAUUCCACCACUUCCGUCAAUCGCUAGUACUGUACAAUCAAUAUCUACAUUGAGACAGGCACUUACUGCAACUGAUGGCUCCGAAAACAUGCUUCUAUAUCUAGAAAACGGAACAAAUCGCAUUUGGUUAACAUUUGAUGAGUCAUCUAAAAAACUCUUUUGCUCAGUUUGCUUGGCGUUUGCUUUAGAACAAAAAACAUUUACCAAAGGAAUGUCUGAUUGGAAGCAUAUACAUCAGUGGUUCCCAACUCAACAAUAG